AAAACAAAAACAACACAGUAAACAGUAAACAUAUGAAUAUCAUGAAAAUAAACUGGCGUAGUUUCGAUAGAGUAUAAUUUGUAGUACUGAGAAAUUAUUGUCAAAUCUUUAGUUCAAAUCGUGAAUUAUGAUUGUUGCUCUGCAAACCUUGAUAUACUUUCGCCAGUCAUUGCUUAGUGUUUUGGAACGACUGAUUGGGCCUUACUAUAUACGUUUCAGUUUUUUACCAAAUAAAGACGAUGAUUUGGAUGAUGAAGACUCGGAAGAACAAGUAUUUGCCGAAUAUGAUGAUGAAAAAGGGGUGGUUUUCUUCCCACCGAUGUACGUACAACGUUAUGCCGCAGUCAAUGAUUGCCUAUUGGAUGAACGAUGGAGUGGAAAGUUAGAAAAGGUUGUCGACUUAGGCUAUCACGAUAUGAGUUUUAUAAAAUAUUUGAAGGAAGUGCCUGGAGUAGAACAUAUACUGGGUGUAGAUAUUGAAACUGUGCCAUUGCGAUGUUCAUCUGAUUUGCUUGCUAAUGGUGAAUUUGCGCCCAAACGAGAAACCCCAUUACAGAUUACAUUAUUUCAAGGCAAUGCAGCUGAUCCAGACUACAGACUAAUAGGUUGUGAUGCGGUUGUUGCAAUAGAGAUGAUUGAACACAUGAUGCCUCAUGACCUAGAUAGGCUAGUCCAUAAUAUUUUUGGUUUUAUCCAACCUUGGAUAGCUGUCAUCACAACUCCAAAUGCCGACUUCAAUGUACUAUUUAAAUCCAUGGAAAAAAAUGGGCUCAGAAGAUGGGAUCACUUAUUUGAAUGGACUAGGGAGCAAUUCAAUGACUGGUGCAGUAACAUUGUGACUCGGUAUCCAAACUAUACAGUGUCUUGUAAAGGCAUUGGACCGGGACCACCUGGGACCCUACAUCAUGGCUGUUGCAGUCAACUUGCCCUUUUCGUAUCUAAGAAUUAUUGCAAGCAACAAGAUUUAACUAUUGACAGCAUGGCAUUGGUGAAAGAUGUUCCAAUUACAAGCAACUUGAGUGAUAUGGAAGGAAGCUGGGAAUAUACAGAUCCUUUGGUAGAGAAAAAUAUGCUGUGUGCUCCAACCAAGUUAAACUGUUCAACGUUCCAAGUGAAAAGUUUCUCUAAAACAACGAAAAACUUAAUGGAAAAAAAUAAAACAGAUUCUUUAGUUCACACGAGAGAAGUUGUGGAUGAAAUUCGACAAUUAACUAAAAUGCUUAACUUUGAUAAAAACACUCUGGAUCAAAAGCAGUAUACGUGGAACAACAUAAACUGGGGUGAAAACGCACCAUACUGGAAUCAGUACUACAAGGUCGUGAGAGAUUAUAAUUAUCCCUUUGAAACUAAGUCCGAGGAGUGCCGAAUAUUGGAGCUUAUAUCUGAUGAAAUAAACCGACUAAUAGACUUGCAAUCCACUGAAGAAAAUUCGAUUAGCGGCGAAAAGUUAGAAAUACCCAUAGACUACCUCAUGAGAAUUGUUGAACAUAUUACAAAUGACGUCGAUAAAGUCAAAGAUCUACUUGAAUGGAACGGAUAUGAAGUAGUAGAUAACAUUGUUGUUUACUCGCGCCUAAUAGUCGAAAAUAUUUCAGUGGCAACACCAGACAACGAGUGGCAAGACAACGAUACGUUGUCCGAUGUAAACAAACAAUUUGAGUUUGUAGAUGCUCGUGAUGUCGCGUAGAUUAUUUGUCAACUUAAGUAGUUUAUACUUUUUUUAUUAAGUAUUUAGUUUUUUUUUGUUGUAUAAAUAUGUAGGUUUAAAGUUGAAUCCUCUAUCUUGUUAAGAAAUUGUUAUUUAAAAAUAUAUUAAACAAUUAAAAGACUGAAGAACUAGUGACAUGUUUAGUAUCAUUGUAAAGUUGUUUAAAUAUAUGGUGUAACGCUUUCAUUUUACGGGUUGUUGCUAAGUCUCCAUUUCGUUUAUUUUAAUUUUUUUAAAUAGUUAAUGUCAUUAAGGUUACUUUAUUCAUUAAUUAAAUAGUAUGAUGUUUUU